AAAAAUUUCAUACAUCUCUUUUUGGAGGACUGACGCUCAUGGGCGAAGCUAGGUGGAAACAGCUCAAAAAAUGGAAAGCAUUCCAGCGUGGCUCAUGUAUUCACCGAAGCGUUACGAAGCAUGUCAGGAAUCAUAUGUUUUGCACGAAAGGCCAUCGUCAGCCAUGUUGCGUGCGAGCAGCGAUUCAGAAGACAGUGAAGAGGACAGUGACGCUGAAUUCCUUGUUCAUCCGAUUCUUCGCAGUCUUAUCAAAUCAAAGUCCGCAUAUUCGAUGCCGAAAAAUAUGCCACGACUGAAAACGAGCAAAACGGCUUUUGAGAUUAACAUUUCUAAAAUGUGGGAAUCAACGACCGACGAUGAAGCUCCGGUUGCGAAUUUCACUCCCGAUUUGGACAUCAAAUGGCCAGAGCCGGAUCCUGUUUCACCAGUAAUGACUCGGGAUCCUUCUCCGGGAAGAAAGUCGUCCUGUUGGUCUAGUCCUCCCAACAUUUAUGUAGACGAAGUAUCCGUUCCAGUUUCUCCUUUAGAGCGUUCGGAAUGCUGGUCGGCACCAGAAUGUCUUAAUGCUGAUGAGGACAGCGAAGAUGAGCCGAUCGGAGCCGAACGAGAACCACCGCAAAGAGCUUGUUCGUGCUGUGAAAUCGACGUCGGCAGCCAUGAAUCCACGGCAUUUUCGGGCAGCUACCCGGUAAUUGACACCGCUCACCAAGUACCUUCGCUGUGCUCCAUUCGGCUUCCAUCUAGCAGCGAUACGUCCGCUGCUAGUCCAUCACCACCUAGACCGCUUUCGCCAGUGCUUGGAAAACCUCAGCAUCGUGCAGCUCGUAUUACUGGGUCGCGUUCCAUGCAACUGAGACCGCGUCCGGAGUUUUCCACCUUUGUCGAUAAUUCCACUUCUGACGAUGACUCACCGCAGCAGGACCCAUGGCCGCAGCAAGAGGUUUGGCCGGAAGAGGACAUGAUGCGACGUUCGAUGCGAACUGGCUGGACGGCUAACGAUACCGUGGCCGUGAUGCCUCGGUCGCACUCGUCCCAAGUUGGCGCCAACUUCGGCUCCGGUAACACCCAGCCGAACCCGAUGAGGGAAAGCCGAUCCGUGCACGCACAGCUUCGAUUCACUCCUUGCGAACAUGACGGCUGCACUCGACCACGACUCGAUGAGACCGAGAGGCGGGAUCUGAUCACUAGGUCUGCGUGGAUUGACCGAGGAAGCAGCAUUCAUCUGCAGAAUCGAGCCGAUGCGCAUAGAGCUCCGUUCGACCGCUGCGAGAGUCAGUCGAGCUUCCGAGUAGAACCUGAAUGUUAUGAUAAUAUGCGUCGUUCGUACACCACCGAGGAACUGAAGCGGGAACGACGACGAUUACCCAAGAGGCCUGACGCUCAUCCUUAUCCAAACGAAAUACCGGCAUCGAUUUCGUUACACGGCUAUGCUCUUCAAGAAAUCCCAAUCGAGAAUUUGCCAGGAAAUGCUUCACCACGAGAAGCCCAAUGCUGUCCGUCAAUGGCUGUGCCUCGCGAUCUUGGCAACCUGCCAGUUGUCGGCGAGCAGCAUCUCCACAGUAAGCCGGACGAGUACGAACUUCCAACACCAGUGACAUUGAAUCCAUCAUCGUUUCUGACGGGUCGACGUCUUCCACUUCUUCCGGUGUCUUUACGUUAUCAAACGAUGUCUUUGCCACAUCAAACAGUGCCAAAUCCUCAGGAGAGUCACACAUUAUGCUUCAUCGAUGGCAUGUCCGAUUCGGUAAUGGGACGAAGCGCCUUUGAGGACUCAUACUAUGAGGAAGAUGGCAUCAAUGGCAAUCAGCAUGUGAAGCAGAGAAAAUCUUUCUUCUCUCCAGACGACUCUAGCGGCAUCUCAUCAUGCACAACAUCCGAUAGCCUCAAUCCUACGCACAGAGCCCAGUCGGCUUUCAUUCCGAGACAUUCUGAUGAAGUUUUGCUCGAUAUUGGAGAUGCUAUUCAUGUGGAUCGAACAUGCGAGGAUCACUGGUGUUACGGAACAAAUCUCAGAACGGGUAUGUCUGGAAUCUUUCCUUCAGCAGUGGUCUGCGAAAUCGACAUAGUCGAAGAAAUUUGCAUGGGAGCUCUUCCAUCAAAUGCAAACAAAGUGACAGAAUCUGAGCGAGAUACGUUCUACCUGACAAUGUUAGCCUCAAUCGAGGUAGGCCAUCACAAAGGAAACGACGUUUUGGUGCAGGCUAUGAACAAGGUUCUGUCCAUGUACAAAAACGCUGAGGAAGUGAUUGUUCCACAAACUGUGCUUAUGGAAGUCUCAUUUCGUGGCAUACAUGUAAUCGACAAACGACGAAAAAACUUCUUUCAAUGUCCCACUUUCGACUUCUUCUACAGUCUGCAAAAUAUAAGCUUCUGCGGUGCACAUCCGAAACAGUUGAAAUAUUUUGGAUUUAUUACGAAGCAUCCGUUAUUGCCUCGAUUUGCGUGCCAUGUGUUCUUGUCUAGUCAAUCAACACAACCAAUUGUGGAAUCUAUCGGGAGAGCUUUCAAGCGAUCUUACGACGAAUACAUGGCCUUUGCACAUCCUACUGAGGACAUUUAUCUGGAGUGAAAUUUUGACUCUUAUAUCUAUUAAUCCACACAGUAACAUUUGAGUGACAUGGUCACAUUGUGCUAGGGUCAUUUUCUUCCUCGCUACGCCAUAGCGAUCUCAAAUUUUUUGUUACGAGUACCAAGAAUGUUUUUUGAAAGAGGAGACGCAUUGUUUCAACUUAUCUUUCCUUUGUUAUCUGUGGUUUUUCUUUUGCAUGCUCUGUCGUUGGUUUGUUUGAUAAAGGUAGAAUGGGUAUGUCUGUGGAAUAAACG